AAUAAUUCAACACUAAAGAGCUCAGUGUCUAAAAUAUUUAGAGGGAUAAUAAAUGAACCAAUGAAUAAACUUUCACCUCAGAAAGAGAUGAGCAAAGUUUGUCAAAAGAAAGAUGGAAUGAUUCAUGGACGUCAGAUCAGUGUAAUAGAGCUUCCAGUUCUCACUCGUCUCUCAGAGGAGGAAGUGAUACGUCAGACUCACCGCUGUGUGUCUCUCUGUGAUCCUGGAGUUCAUCAUUUCAUCCUCGUUACUCCUGUCAGUCCACUUACUGAUGAAGACAGAGCAGAAAUGGAGAAGAUUAAAAAUAUAUUUUACUCAAAAGUGCAUUCCAUGGUGCUUUUCAUUACUGAACUCAAUGUUGACAAAAAUGUAACUGAUUUUGUAGCAUCCAAUGAAUCUCAGAAGGCUGUGAGACUCUAUGGGAGUUGGUGUGAUGUGAUGGGGUUAAAGGACCAGAGAAACUCAGAACAGAUCUCAGACCUGUUUGACUGUAUAGACUGUAUGAAGACUGAACCCUAUUCUCUUCGAAUGUAUAUGAGAACUCCAGAGAGGAGAGUCAGACAUGAACUAGAGGAGAAACUGAGAGUGAGAGACAAUGAAAUCGAAGAGUUACAGGAGAAGAUCAAGACACUGGAUCCAGAUGGUGUGAAGCUGAAUCUGCUUGUGUGUGGGAGUAACAGAGAAUUAAAAUCCUUCAUAUCAAACCUGAUCCUGAAGCAGAGAAGAUCAGAGCUGAUCUCAGAGUGUAAGAGGAGAGACGUGGAGCUUGAUGGACGUCUGAUCAGUCUGGUGGAGCUUCCAGCUCUGUUCAACACUCAGCUCUCAGAGGAGGAAGUGAUGCGUCAGACUCACCGCUGUGUGUCUCUCUGUCAUCCUGGAGUUCAUGUGUUCAUCCUCAUCAUUCCUGAUGCUCCACUUAAUAAUGAAGACAGAGCAGAAAUAGAGGAGAUCCAGAGGAUAUUCAGCUCAAGAGUCAACAAACACAUCAUGAUCCUCAUAAAGCAGAAUUCAGAGCAUCAGACCGAAGAACUCAAUGAACAAACACAGUCUGUCAUUGAGAGAUUUGGAGGACGACAUCAUUUCAUCGGCCUGAACACACAAGUGUCUGAGUUGAUGGAGAAACUGGAACAGAUGGUUGAGGAAAAUAGUGGUGUUCGUUUCUCCACAGAGACAUUGAUGGAGGCACAGAUGGAGAAACUGCAGAAAUUAGAAGAAAUGAAGACGAGAGUCCAUUCAUUAGAGACGUGGUUUCAGUCACAAGAUUCAAGUGAAAGAGAAGAUAAUCUGAGGAUUGUGCUGCUUGGGAAAACUGGAGUUGGGAAAAGUUCAACUGGAAACACAAUUUUAGGAAGAAACACAUUUAUUUCAGACAUUUCUCAAACAUCUGUUACUAAAGAGUGUCAGAGAGAAACAGCUGAAAUCAACGACAGACACAUCACUGUGAUCGACACUCCAAAACUAUUUGAUACUGAACUCAGUAAUGAAGGAAUCCAGAGAGAAAUCAGAAACUGCAUCUCCAUGAUCCUGCCUGGACCACAUGUGUUUCUCUUACUGAUUCCACUGGGACGAUUCACUCAAGAAGAAGCAAAAUCAGUUAAAAUCAUCCAAGAGAUGUUUGGUAAAAACUCUUUAAAGUACACCAUGGUGCUCUUCACCAGAGGAGACUUUCUGAAGAACAAAAUCAUUGAACAGUUUUUGGGAAAACCUGGAUCUGCUUUAAAUGAACUGAUUGAAGCGUGUGGAAACAGAUUCCAUGUGUUCAAUAAUGAGACUAGAGACCAAACACAGGUGACUGAUCUACUGCAGAAGAUAGACAACAUGGUGAAAGAAAACGGAGAGAGUUACUACUCAUGUAAGAUGUUCAGAGAGAUGGAGAGAGAAAUACAGGAACAACAGAAGAACAUACUGAUGGAGAAAGUGGAGCAAGUGAACAGAGAAAAAGAAGAACUGAUGACGAAACAUGAAGAAGAGAUAAAGAGAAUGAGGAUGAAGAUUGAGGAAGAACAACAGAAUCAUGAGAAAGAGAGAAAGAGAAGAGAAGAAUUUAUUGAGAGAGAAGAACAUUAUAGAAGAGUAAUUAAAGAUGUUGAGGAUCAAAUGAGAAAGAUACGAGAGGAGCUAAAGAGAGACCGAGAGGAAUUGGAGAAAGAAAAACAACAGGAAAGACAAAGAAGAGAAGAAGAGGAUGAGAAAUGGAGAAAAAGAGAACAGGAAAUGUGGGAUUAUAAUCAGAGACUUAAAGAAGAAAUAGAAAGAAUGAACAUGAAGAUGGAAGAAGAAAGACAGAAUCACGAUAAAGACAGAAAGAGAAGCGAAGAAGAGGAAGAGAGAAGGAGAAAGAAAGAACAGGAAACAUGGGAUGAAUAUUACCAGAAUCUUCAACAAGAG